CGCAAACGACCAUCGGAACUUGGAUCCCGUUAAGCCGUGACUUACGCCUCCUUCAUGGAUUGUGAAAAAUAUACUGCUACAAUUGUAUCCAUGUAAGUUUCAAGAAUUCCUCCAUGAGACUCACGGUUUUAGCUUCCAUUAACCCAUCACCGGGGCUUACAUGGGCGGAAAAUAUGAAACAAACAUGGAACGAUUGAAACUAUAAUGACGUGGUAAGCCUGAUCUCUCAGGCCCCACGUUGGGCGCCAUUUUCUUGUCACGUACCCCCAUAGGAGGUCGCUCCACCUUUUCUCUGGAGUGGCAAUUGAUGCUGGCGGGCGCUGGCUGGGGCGGUGGAUGGGGCGCGGUUCUUUGCCAACACCUAUUGCCAAAAAGGAGGGACAAAAAAAACUAAAAUCAACCAGCUUGUGGAUGGACAAAUACAGCGGGUUCCUGGUUCUAAUGGCGACUGUUACGGAUAAAUGCCAAUGGAGUCCCCGGGUAUUGUGGUCCUGGUGGCAGCCUCUGCGGCCAAUAGGGUCCCUUUUAGGUUCUCGUUUGUCCGUCCAUCCGUCUAGUCUUUGGGGUUUUCUGAUGUGCUGCUUUCUCAGCACCGUAAGGUCAACAUUGGCUGAUGGGCAAGGAAAUAUCCUCUACUAUCCACUACCUAACCUAACUAUGAGCUCAUGCUUAGGUUACUCUAUAGAACCCAACCAAAGGAAAAAACUUUUUUUAACAAAAUAAAUCCGUCGAGAGUCAACCGUCUGCAUGCCUGUCUGUUUAUGGUCAGAGAAACUUUUUGGACUACCUUAUGGACACUGGGGUAUGCGACAGCGUCUAGGUCCCUCGGUGGAGUAGCGACAGGAGUUGUGGAUAUGCCAAUUGCAGCAGCUGAAGUCUUUUAUACGUGUGGCAUUG